AUGACGUUUGACGACGAUGACGAUUUAAAUAAGCAGCCGCCAGCGCCCCAGAAUCCCGAGCAAGCCCAGGACACAGCGGACGAGGCCCUCGAGGACGAGGCGCAAGACUUUGCGCAGUUCGCAUCCCUCCAGCGCAAGAGCAUCUCAGCACAAGCGAUACGCAAGGGCGAGAAGGACUUUGAGAGCCAUGGCACGCGCUCGCAGGCCAGCGCGCUCGAGACGAGCCGCCGCGCGAUGGAGGACGUCUUGAGCUACACGCGGCUGCACAACCCGGGCAAGGACUGGGUGAGGGGCUGGUACUUUCCGGAGCGGAGAUACAUGCUCGGGACCGGGUGGAAGAUACGAGGACAGGGCACGCAGGUUCCAGGCUGGGACCAGGUCUGGCUGCUGCCGGAGGAGGCGCUGUUCCUGAUCGAGAGGGGCACGCUGGAUCUCUGGUGGCCGACUGCGUCGAUGGCCGAGAUCUUCUCCGUCAGAGACCUCGAGGAAGAGGAUGAGUACGCGCUUGGCUACCCGCUCAGCCUGCAGGCCGCAUACGCUCUGCUCGUGGGUGAAGAGGGCGAGCGAGGCAAGGUUACGCUGCGCAACCUCCAGGUCUUCUCGAAUCUCAACCGCGCAGGCUUCAACGUCAUCCGCGUUCCGCCACCAGACACGAUACCACACUCUACCACCGUCCCGACUGUCGAUGAGCCUGCACAAUCCCUCUGGCAACGGCUCUUGUCACUCCUCUUUCCUGAACGAGAGCCAGCUUACCCGGCGUAUGGCCCUCUCGUCCGGCCAGGCCUCUAUCGCUCAUACGCCCCCAUCUACAAACAACUCGCCCUCAUCCCGAGGCACAGACCAACACCCCACCCCCCAGCACACCCCUCCGCCACUCAGGACUCACCUUUCCGCGUUCAGUAUCACAUCUGGCGGCCCGGCACACCUGGCUGGUCCAAGACCAAGCCGCCCACGCCACCAGACUACCACCUCGCCAUUGUCGACGCCCACGACACCUACGUGCCGACGGGAGAGGAGGUCACCGCGUUACUGGACUCGGUGCCGUACGCGCCGCCCCCAGAACGAAUGAAAGGGCAUGUAGUGCACCAGCGGCUGAAGCACGGGCAUCGGCAUCUUCUUGUUGCUGUCGUGGACCAUGGCGUGACGAACUAUCUGCGGAUUGCGGAGGGUGCCUUUGGGCAGGAGCCGCUGUACCCGAACUUCGACUCUGCGAGAGGUCCGAGGGGUGGUAAGCGCGGCGGAAAGGGUGGUGGUGGUGGGAGAGGAGGCAGGGGCCCCACAUCAACAUCGGUCUAA